AUGCGUACGUUAUCUCUUAAAGAUCACCAACCAUGGCCCCAUCCCACAUCUGUGAAUUACUUGGCGAAGAACGAGAACGAGCACGAGCUCGUAAAGAAGUUCUACCCAUCCGUAGAGACAGACCCAGACCCAGAAUUGAAUCCAAAACUGACAAUAAGUACAGAGCAACAGAGAUCCCAAGCGCGCAGAGUAGCAACGCGUGGCGACUCCUACAACCCAUUUGGAAGACUCCCCCGAUCGAGUACAACGCCUUCUCGUGGUUUAGAUCUGGAGGCGGGUGCAGGUGCAGACGAUGGCAGUCCUUUAUCUGCGGCGCAAACGGAUCCCGGAUUUCACUCGGUACCGUUAAAUGGCAAAACGCGGGAGGAACUCCAGGGAGACGAAGAGAAAAUGAAUAGGUCUCCAGAGGCCGGGCGGACGAGCGAGCCAGACAGUGGAAAUACCAUGGUCGAGAGUAACUCUACCACAGACAGAACGAGCGAAGGGGCGCCAAGACAAAGAAAACACAAGGUUCAAUUUUGGAAGAACAAGAACUCGAACUCGGGGGAAGACUCUUCGGACGAUGAGAAAGAAAAGAAGCGACCAUGGUGGAAAGGGAAAAUUCUACCACACAAAGAACCAUUUACCGUGCGAAAUCAAGUGCAACGGACGCUAUUUGGGUCAUGGAUAAACAUCCUGCUUUUAGCAGCACCAGCCGGGAUUGCUUGCAAUUAUGCUCAUCUCAAUGGAAUCGUCAUCUUUUGCGUCAACUUCAUCGCUAUCAUACCUCUAGCAGGGUUGCUUGGGUUUGCUACUGAAGAAAUUGCUCUGCACGUUGGUGAGAGUCUGGGAGGUCUUUUGAACGCAACUUUUGGUAACGCUGUUGAAAUGAUUGUCGCUAUUAUUGCUCUUGCCAAAGACGAGAUUGUAGUUGUUCAGACCUCUCUUAUCGGCAGUAUCCUUUCUAACCUGUUACUCGUUAUGGGGAUGUGCUUCUUUUUCGGUGGUCUGCGACGAUCAGAGCAGUUUUUCAACCAGACGGUAGCCCAAACCGCAGCAAGUCUUUUGGCUCUCGCUGUCGGUGCUCUCAUCAUCCCUACCUGCUUCGACCAGUUUACCAGCGACUCUGAACAUAAAGCGCCCGUCAAUACUGUGGCAGCACUCUCACGUGGUACCUCAGUAAUUCUACUGGUCGUUUAUCUUGGAUAUCUCUACUUCCAAUUGCACACUCACUCCGCCACUUUCAACGAAACAAGUCAGAAAGUCCCAAAGAGACCGCGUAAGAAGGCGUUGGCAGAUGGUGCUAUUUCGAAAGUUAUUGCUUCUGCUGGAGGAAUUGGUGCCGGUCCUGGUAGAGCAGGAAUGGAGGAUCGUCCACCAAAUGAUGAACUGAUUAACACCAACGCCCACGAAGAGGCAGACGAUGAACCUGAGGAGCCAACUCUUCACAUUGCAGUUGCGUGGGCUACACUUGCCGGCGCCACCGCUAUCAUUGGUCUCUGCGCAGAGUUUAUGGUUGAUGGAAUCGGUGCUAUUACCCAACCUGGAUCUGGAAUUUCUGUCGAGUUUGUGGGUUUGAUUCUGCUACCUAUUGUUGGAAAUGCUGCCGAACACGCAACUGCGGUCACUGUGGCAAUCAAAGACAAGAUGGAUCUUGCUAUUGGAGUCUGCGUGGGCUCUAGUAUGCAGGUCUCCCUAUUCCUCAUUCCGCUACUCGUCGUCAUUGGUUGGAUUAUGGACAAGCCUGCCAUGAAUCUCAGCUUCGAUGGUUUCCAAAUUACGGUGCUAUUCGUAGCUGUGUUGCUAGUAAAUUAUCUAAUUGGUGAUGGAAAGAGUCACUGGCUGGAAGGAAUGCUGCUGCAAUGUCUUUAUCUUAUUAUCGCCGUUUGUGCUUGGUAUUACCCACAAAUCAACGAAGUCACUGGUGCCGCCGAAUGGCCAGGUUCCGAUGGUACCACCGCCGCGGCUUAA